AUGUUUCCAUCUUCCAAUGAGUGGCGUAUGCCUCAAGACGAUGUUGGUGAGCAGCAGCAAUCCCACGAGCAGUAUGUCAUAAUGGAAACCUUUCUUUGGUUGAAUACUUUGAUUGUUUCCACCCCGAGAUCUAAAUCAAGCAACUCAGAGAUCCGAAGCCAUGUGGGCUGCGAUCCAAAGACCAUGACAAAGACGACACCGGGGGAAUUAUGUCAGUCCUGCCACGUCUUCUCAAGAAUAGCCAUCAAGGCUUGCUAUUACACAAGGGACGGCGACUUCAGGACAUGGAAACUGAUAAUUAAAGGGAGGCAUCGCCCGCAAGCCAAGGCCACUUUGUUCAAGAUGGAUGUAUAUAAGGAAUAA